AUGUACGUGUUUGUGUCUAUUAAUCCACCUUUCAAAGUCGCAGAUUAUUUUCUGAUGGCUCGAGUUGAAAAAUUUGAUGGUGAAGAUCUUCUGGAAACAGGUGUUGGAGAUACAAUGUGGGAUAAUUACGAGGAAGGAGAAGACGACGAGGAUGCCCGCUUGAACACACCUAUGUCAGCACCACCGAAAGACUGUGCGCCUCUUUAUUGUCUCCCGUUGUACUCCUUGCUAUCGUCAGAAAAGCAACGUCGAGUGUUUGAACCGCCUCCUGAAGGAGCGAGAAUGUGCGUGAUAGCGACCAAUGUAGCAGAAACAUCGUUGACAAUUCCCGGAGUUAAGUAUGUUGUAGACACUGGAUACGAGAAGCGAAGACUUUAUGAUCCGAUCACAGGAGUCUCUCAGUUCGUUGUAGCGCAUGUAAGUCAGGCAUCUGCUGAUCAACGAGCAGGACGAGCUGGACGUAUCGCACCAGGACAUGCGUACAGAUUGUACUCUUCGGCUGUGUUCGAAGAUUUCGAGAAGUUUUCACGACCAGAGAUUUUAGAUAAACCAGCGGAUCAGCUAGUCCUUCAUUUGAAAUCAAUGAAUAUCGUUAAA